AUGAUGGAUUCACCGCAUAAGGCAAACCCAUCAAAGGCAAGGCCUCAUGGGAAAGAUGGUGAAGACUCGGGGUACUGCCUAUCCCACUCCUCUUGGAUGGAUAAUGAUUCCCAAAAUGUUCCCAAGCAAGAGUCGAGAGAGCAAUCGAAAGCUUCUUCACACCACCAUCACCACCGGCAUAGUGGUGAUUCUUCCAUGAACAAUCAUGCAAUAUCACAACACCCUUUGUCACCGCAAUACAAUGGUCUACGGUCCUCUCUUCCACCACCAUCUCCAUCCCCACCACCAAACCCUUUCCCAUAUCACCAUCCUGAACUACCAUAUCCUACCUUUGGGGAAGCUACUUCCCAGGGAAAAUCGACUGCUGAAGAGGCUGACGAAAUCGAUCUUGAGAGAAACGACGACAGAACAACCACCGCCAUGCUUGUUCAAAUUCCUACGGACAUGCAGCUUACAUCUCGCCAGAUCAAGAUACUUCAGAAAGCCGAACGGCUACCGCCAAUACGUACAAGCACUCUCAGCGAGCUUGACUUGAACCACAUCAUGAGAAACAUCAACCUGAGAAUAGAUGUCAACUUUGAUCGUGAACUUCAUUUCCAACCUAUUGCAGGCGAGAAGGGUCAUGAAAAGCGAAGGUUGGCGGAAGCUUAUUGGGAGGCAAUAGCGCUGGAAAUUUCCGUGCAUAGCUAUCAUUCUACCAGCAAAAAGCAACAACCUGUCAAUUUGUGGAGUCACAAGCGCGUAGCCAGUGAUUCGGUAGCAGUUUUUGAACAACGCUUACCAGCCAUGCUUGAAACCUUAAAGGAUGUCGUGAGCAGCCUCGUUCCGGAACGGGAUCAACAAAGCGUGAUGCAAAACCUAGACGUCCCGUUUCUUUUGCAACAGGUGCAUAAAGGUGUGCUAGAUAUGGUUAAUCUUACCAAAUGGCUUGCCGCUUUGUUGAAAACCCAUUGCGCACCAAUGAGAGAUCCAUGGGCUGAUAGAAUGGUGGCUGAGAUCAGCGAAGGCUGUGAAACUGGCAAUAUAUACAAAAUGGUAGAGGGGCUGAGAACUAUGUUUGGAACGCUCGAGUCCAUGAAACUGGAUGUUGCAAAUCACCAAAUACGAGCAUUUAGAGUGAUUUUGAUAGACGACACUGUCCGAUUUCUACAAAGCGACUUGAAGAAAAGAAUAGCAGCAAAUGCUCUAGAUAUUCAACAAGCAAGGCGGUGGUAUCUCAACCUCGGCCACCAACCGCUUUCCAAAUCCCCAUACUUGCAGCACGAACUCAGAGGAAGCUAUGCUCCCAUCGCUCCCCUUUUUAUUGGCCUUUUUUCUUUCCUUGUACCAUUUGAGCAUCCGAAGAGACUCGAGGACAUAUUUGAAUUUGAAGCCGAUAGACUUUGGUUUAUACGGACUGAUAUACAAGACCUGAUAGGUCUUGAAAUAUGUUCUCGAGUGUUUGAAAUAGUUGCCAAAGAGCAGGGUCGACAUAGAAAUAGUCCCUACUACCUGCAAGCAAAAGCAGCAAUCCCAUCCCGCAUUUGUUGCAUACUCGACAACUGCUCUGACGGUGUCUCUGUCGGAUACAAUGCUCGCCAUGUUAACCUCAGCUCUCCAAAUGCGAACGAUAAAUGGGAAAACAACAUGGGAUUGGUCGCGUUAGAGAUUGCACACUGUAUUUGUUCACUAAGUGGCAACCUCAAGAGCAAUACAUUCCCCGACGGAGAAACCUUGAGUAAUGUAGAGCGAUACCUUGACUCCUUUUUCUCAUCUCCAACCGGUCAGUUCCGCGAAUUCAACCUUUCGAUACAGGGAGAACUCGAAGAGGUCACUUUUGGAUAUGUUAAAAAGUACUUAACCAUGACCCCCCUUGAGAUAUCCGAAGACCAACGCCCGAGAGAAUACCCCGAGUCAACGAAAUACGCCUACCCCCAGAGACUGCUCCCGGAUAUCGAUGGGAUAGCUAAACGUCUAGCUCAUGUCGGAGUCUUACACUGGCGUGUCUGGGCUCCAGUGUUAUACCUUCACGAAGGCCCUGGGAUAUCAUUUGCUCCAGGAAGCAAUAUCAGUACAAUGUACGCGACUGAGUAA